AUGCAAUGGUGUAUCGGCGCACUUCAUGUUGCUGGAAGUAUUGGGUCAGGUGAACUGCCGGUGUUGAAUUAUCGAACUCGAUCAAAGGCCCAGCCAUUGAUAAAACUUUCUGAGACUUCUCUAUGGGAUCAUGUUCUUGCUGAGCGGUAUCUCGGAUUCGCUAAACAGUGGAUCCUGAUGUUGAUUCGAUCAGUGGUGACAUUUGGCUCUCCGUACUGCGUCAUGCGAUUAAUAAAAUGCCUGGAAGAGAGCAGAGACCCAGCAAAUUUCGCCUGGUUCUGGUUAAUUGGAAUCGCAGCCUUUUCUACAACCGAGGCCAUACUCCAUCACUAUCUAGCUUGGAUCCAAUGGUCUGAGAUGGGAAUCCCAAUUCGCGCACAGCUCAUCAUGGCAAUAUUUUCGAAGGCCCUGAGAGUUCAAGAUUCCAAGGAUGCGGGUGAUAAGCCUGGGGCGAUCAAUCUCAUAUCCUCUGAUACACUUUCCUUUAGCAAGUUCACCGCCGUCAACUAUAUACUUCCAUUUUCAUGUAUCAAGUUUCUGUUUGCAGUAUUAUUUCUCCUGCGGUUAUUGGGAUGGCACAGCACGGUGAUGGCAGUUAUAGCCACAACAGCAACAGUGCCAAUACAUUCAAGGGUCCUCAAGCAAGAGCUAGCCGCGAAAAGAAGGCUUGCAGUAGCAAGAGAUAGGAAGUCGAAGGUUAUCACCGAAGCUCUGCAGGCUCUUCGGCAGAUCAAGUUUUCAGCCCUCGAAGCCGAGUGGGAAGAGCGCAUCGAAUUGUGUCGCCAGGAGGAGAUGGUGCAAAUGAGAAAGAGUUUCCUGGCCAUCAAUAUUCGAUCGGUUUGGAAAGUCGCAUCUCCCUUUAUUGUGGUAGCAGCAGCAAUUUGCAGCUAUGCCUAUACCCAGAACGAGGUUUCAUCUUCGAUAAUAUUUACUACGAUCGAGUUGUUGCCGCACAUCCAAGGAACGCUAGGAAUGGUUCCCAUGGUCCUCCAGGAUUAUUUUGCCGCUCGGUCAAAUUCUCGUCGCAUAGAAACAUUUUUAAAAACGCCAGAAAUGAAAGGAGUUUUGGAUGCAAGUCCAACUGGCUGUGUUUCCUUCCAAAACGCCCGCAUUGCCUGGCCAUUGGAUCAAAAUCAAAACCAUCAAGGGAAGCAAGCCAGCGUACCUGAGCGGUUUGCGCUGCAUAGCCUUGAUAUUGAAUUUCCUGUUGGCGAACUCAGUAUUUUACAUGGAGAAACAGGGUCAGGAAAGAGUCUGGUGCUUGCUGCUAUCCUUGGAGAGGUCGAUCUCCUAAGUGGUCGCAUCGAGGUGCCGUCUUUGAGGCAACCGGUCGGAUUUGUUUCACAAACUCCAUGGCUGCAGAAUGCCACUGUCAAGGACAACAUAUUAUUUGGGAGUGCACUAGAUGAAACCAGGUACCGAAAGGUUCUCAGAGCAUGCGCGCUCGAAGCAGACCUUGCUGCUUUGUCAAACGGAGACGAAACGUAUAUUGGCCUUCGUGGUGUCAAACUUAGCGGUGGCCAACGGGCAAGAGUCUCUUUAGGUAGAGCUCUCUACUCUAGUGCUAGGCUACUGGUCUUGGAUGAUAUCUUUUCUUCGCUUGACUCUCAUGUUUCUAAGGAUAUAUUCAAAGCGCUUACUGGGGAGCUUAGCCAUGGCCGCACUCGCAUACUGGCCACUCAUCAUGUAUCUUUGUGUUUGCCUCAGGCCAAGCUUGUUGUUCAGAUCAAAAACAACACUAUGACCUCUUCUCUCAAUACCAACAUGAUUGAAACGCGGUUGAACGCCAUGGAAACAGAAGUCCUCGUCCAACCAAAUCCACCAACAAAAGAAGAACCCAAGAAGCGUGCCAAUGGCAAGCACAAGAUUAAGACCACCCAAUCAGAAUCUGAUUGGGAAUCUUGCAAGAGUUACUUCAGUGCUGCCGGUGGGCUAAGUUUUGCAGCAAUAUACAUUCUUGGUUUGAUUGGCAAACAAUUAGUGACUGCAUUAACAACAUGGAUUCUCGGCCAUAUUAAUUCAAGACGCCCGAGAACAGGAACGCGCGAUCCAGCAAAUGCCGAGGUUGGAAGCAACCUCUGGUAUUAUCUGUAUAUGUACCUCGUAGGAUGUCUGUCCGCAAUAAUUCUCGAGUUUCUCCUAAACAUGCAUAUCUUUUCAGGAUCGCUGCGUGCUUCAGAGAGAUUGUUUCGUACGAUGACUGCAAAUGUCAUACGAAUGCCCCUUCUCUGGCUCGAUACUACGCCUCUUGGGGGAAUUCUGAAACGAUUCAGUGCCGAUGCAAGACAGGUGGAUGACUUUCUGUUAGAGAUCAUGUCUGAGUUCGCUAACUGUCUUGUGAAACUUAUUGUCGUCGGAUGUAUUGGGAUACACAAGUCCAUCUUCACAAGCUGUUUGGCAGCAGCCCUUCUGUUUUGGUGCUCGCACGUCAGCAAGGGCUACAUCAGGGCCCGGAAGCCUGUGAAACGAAGUGAAUCUGAGGGAAACGCCGAAAUCCUCGAAUACUUCACUGCAGCCACCGCUGGAGUGUCGACUAUCAGGGCUUUUGGAGUAGUGGAUGACUUCAUGAAACAUAUGCACUCUCAAGUCGAUAAACUAUCAAUUGCUCGGCGGCAUUUUUGGAUUUUCAAUCGUUGGCUCGGCCUUCAAAUGUCUCUCAUGGGCAUUAUCUUGAGUACCGGUACAGGUUUGCUUCUAUUGUCAUCGAACUCCAUCCUUGAUGCAUCUUUGGUCGGAUUUUCCUUAACCUUUUCGAUGGGAUUCGCUCACGCUACUUUCACCGCUGUGAAUAACUUUGGAAUGCUUGAGACCUAUAUGAACGCAGCAGUUGGGAUAAUCUCAUAUUCGAAGCUGGAACCUGAGGAGCAAGGGGGCAACGAAGUCCCACCAGACUGGCCAUCUCGGGGCGAGGUCGAAGUCAAAGGAUUAAGCGUUUCAUACUCACCUGAUCUUCCUCUUGUUUUGACAGACAUCUCCAUUUCUGUGGGGGCUGGUCAGAGAAUUGGGAUUGUUGGUCGCACUGGAGCUGGAAAAUCAUCCCUGACUCUAGCUCUUCUCCGCUUAAUCAACCCCCAACGCGGCUCGAUUCUGAUUGACGGUGUUGAUAUUUCUACAAUUAAGUUACAGUCACUUCGAUCUAAGAUCGCGUUUCUCCCGCAAGAUCCAGUUUUAUUCUCAGGUACAAUCCGAUCAAAUCUCGAUUAUUUUCAAGAGGUUUCGAAGGAUAAGCUAAACGAGGUCUUACGCCGCGUCAAGCUCCUCUCUGAGAAUAAUAACGAGAAAACGGGCUUAUUCACUCUGGAGUCCCCGAUCAGUACAGGUGGCACCAAUAUGUCACAAGGUCAAAGACAACUUCUUUGCCUUGCAAGAAUCUUGAUCGGGGAUCCUAAAAUCAUCAUCCUCGAUGAGGCGACAUCUGCUGUCGACAACGAGACAGAUUUACGGAUUCAAGACACGAUACGGAACGAGUUUAACCGGACACUAAUUGUGGUGGCUCAUCGUUUGAGGACGAUUGCGUCUUUUGAUAAGGUGGUUGUCAUUGAUCACGGGCGCAUUGGGGAAAAGUCAAGAUAA